AUGCUAAAUUUAGAUAAGGGUACAAAGGAACAGAACAAAGUUUCUAUACAGGCAAUAGUACUCGAUGAAUUGGUUCACUUCGACUCGGAAAAUGUUCAACUAUUCGAAGAUAUACAAUUCUCGUCCGGUGUUUGCACUCUACUUUUUGAUGCUGUAAAAUUUGGGAAUACUGAUUUUCUUAUUAAACUUAUUCGCUCUUAUCCUAAUAUCAUAUGGGAAAAAAACAUUGAAACUCAAAGCUUAUUUCACAUUGCUGUUAUAAAUCGGCAAGAGAGUGUCCUCAAUCUAUUAUAUGAGACAGUUGCUGUCAAAGAAAUAAUUAGAGCCUAUGUUGAUGACUCUAAACAAUACAUCCUGCACUUAGCUGGAAAAUUGGCUCCUCCAAGUCGAUUGAAUAUUGAGGCAGAAAAGAUUGUGCCUCCAUAUCUGAACAUGGAGAAUCGUGCCGACGGCCUAACACCGUGGGAUAUAUUUACCAAGGAACUUCAAGUACUACGGGCAGAAAGUGAAAAGUGGAUGAAGGUUACAGCAAAAUAUUGCAUGCUUGUGGCAACAUUGAUUACCACGGUGGUUUUUGCUGCAGCUUUCACAGUACCAGGUGGAAGUAAUCAAGACACAGGCACCCCUAUUUUUUUGAAAACUAAUAGCACAGGUGGAAGUAAUGCCCCACAGUGGUUUAGGGCAUUUUUCAUAUCAGAUGCAAUAGCAGUGAUCUCCUCUUCUUCUUCAAUAUUAAUAAUCUUGUCAAUUCUCACGUCUCGUUUCACAGAAAUGGAUUUCCUUGUGUCAUUACCAUCGAAAUUGAUGUUGGGACUCACUACACUAUUCAUCUCUAUAGUAGGCAUGGUGGUGGCCUUCAGCGCAACCUGCUUUUUGGUCUUUAAAAGUGAAAUGUCGCGGCUUCCGAUUGUUAUAAUUGCUUUAGCUGGUGUACCAAUUAUUUUGUUUGCUUUGCUACAUUACAAACUCUGGACUGAUAUCAUACGGUCAACAUGCUUGUCGAGGUCACUCUUUAGGCCAAGUAAAUGA